AUGUUGAAAGCCUGUGUGGAGGCUAAAGAAGCAUCAUUGAAAAAAAGAAGAUUCAGUGAUGAUGAGGAUUAUCAUGAACAAACAGAAAAGGAGAAGGACAAUUCUCAACAAAAGGGGAAAGAUAUUCGCAACUUUAUCACAAAAGGAAAAGGGGCUCAAGUUCAAUCAACAAUAAAUCAAAUGAUGAAGAAGGAUCUAAAGGAACAAUGUGAUCAGCAAUGUGCCAUAUUUCUCUAUACAAGUGCUAUUCCUUUCAAUGUUAUUAAGAAUCCCGAGUUUUUAAAGUUUUGUGAGAUAGUUGGGAGAUAUGGAAUUGGCUACAAACCCCCUUCUUACCAUGAGUUAAGAGAAACCCGAUUAAAGAAAGUAGUGACUAAUGUUGAUGAAAUGCUUACUGAGUUUAAGGCAGAGUGGAAGAGAACUGGUUGUUCAAUCAUGUCGGAUGGAUGGACUGAUAAAAAAAGGCGUAGUAUUUAUAAUGCUGCUAAUUAUAAGGCUGCUGGAGAAAAAAUGAUGGAAACUAGAAAAAGUUUGUACUGGACACCAUGUGCUACACACUGCAUUGAUUUGAUAUUGGAGGAUUUUGAAAAGAAGCUAAAGGUGCAUGAAACAACUAUGAAAAAGGGAAGAAAAAUCACCAUGUUUAUGUACUCCCGGAGUAUGCUCAUUAGCAUGUUGAAGAAUUUUACAAAGGGAAAGGACUUGGUUCGGCCAGGUGCCACAAGAUUUGCCACUGCCUAUUUGACUCUGACUUGUCUUCAUGAUAAUAAAGGACCGUUGAUGACUAUGUUUACUUCUCAUGAUUGGAAGACAACUAAGGUUGCAUCAACGCCUGAAGGAAUAAGAGUCCAAAACAUGGCCUUGGAUAGUAGGAUGUGGAAGAAUAUUGUCAUAUGCCUCAACGCUGCUGCUCCUCUCAUUACAGUCCUUCACUUGGUUGAUUCAGAUGAAAAACCAGCCAUGGCUUUCAUCUUUGAAGGCAUGAGAAAAGCCAAAGAAACAAUCAAGACUAACUUCGGUUGUGUUAAAAAAAGGUGGGAAAGCCAACUGCAUAGACCAUUGCAUGCAACUGCGUAUUAUUUUAAUCCUCAUUAUCACUAUGAACCUAAUUUCAUGGUUGAUGAUGCUAACAUUAAGAUUGGUCUAUAUAGUUGUUUGAAAAAACUGGUUCCUAACCAGGAUGAAAGGAAAAAGGUUGGUCUACAGCUUCCUGACUUUCAUUAUGCUAGAGGCCUCUUUGGUAAUGAAACUGCAAAGAUGCAUUCUGAUUAUGAGUGGAUAAAUGAAGAUGUUAAUGAAAAUAUUGCUGAAAGUGUUGAGCAUUCUCACUUGCCAACGAAUGACAAUACUAAUGAUGAUCCAAAUAGUAAUGAAUUUUCUAUUCCAAGUAUGAAUAGUAAUGAAUUCAACAUGGGUGACGGAGGUGAGAAUGAGUUUAUUGGGGAUCCACAACAAAAUUUAAUAGAGGAAGAAGAUGAACAUGUGAAUGAUGAUGAUAAUUUUGUUGGCUGUGUUGAACCUGAGCUUGAAAGAAACAAUGUUUCUGAUGAACAUGGUGAAGAUGAUGAUGUUGAUGCCAUGGAAGAUGAAGAUAUUGGAGGAUUUGAGUUUUAA